ACCGCGGCCGCCGGUGCUUCCCGAUCCACUGACGGCCGGGAAUGCGGUUGCGGCAGAGGAGCGCAGUCAGGAACAUGGUGCCUGCGGAAGAGAGGGACGGGCUUUGUGGACGCGAACUGGCGCGGCCUGACCUGGAGAGAGCAGCGGGCGCGCGCUCCAGCUCACGCCUACGGGAGUUCCCGCACCGCCUCCCCUCCAGAGAAGCGGGGAGCCCAGCUAAGGCCAGCAGGCGAACAAGGCGCUUCCUACAGGACUGAAUUCGCACAGGUACUCACCGGUCGGUUCCUCAGGACUCCGCGGCUGCCGGCAGACGCUGCGGCGUAAGCGCACCUGUCUCGCGGGGUCUCCUGGCGCCUCGGCGAGAGACUUCAGCUCUCGCGAGAGAGGACUGCGUCUGCGCAGAGCCGAGGACGCGUCCGGCGCCGAUUCAAACUAGUGGCGGGAGGCUGUGAGCUGAGGGUUGUUGUCCGCGUACGCCUGGAGUCCUUCCCGGGUGUGCUCAGCAUGGACCCUAUCCGGAGCUUCUGUGGGAAGCUGCGGUCUCUGGCCAGCACGCUGGACUGCGAGACGGCCCGGCUGCAGCGAGCGCUGGACGGAGAGGAAAGCGACUUUGAAGAUUAUCCAAUGAGAAUUUUAUAUGACCUUCAUUCAGAAGUUCAGACUCUAAAGGAUGAUGUUAAUAUUCUUCUUGAUAAAGCAAGAUUGGAAAAUCAAGAAGGCAUUGAUUUCAUAAAGGCAACAAAAGUACUAAUGGAAAAAAAUUCAAUGGAUAUUAUGAAAAUAAGAGAGUAUUUCCAGAAGUAUGGAUAUAGUCCACGUGGCAAGAAAAAUUCAGUACACGAGCAAGAAGCCAUUAGCUCUGACCCAGAGUUGUCUAAUUGUGAAAAUGUUCAGAAGCCUGAUGUGAAAGAUGAUCUUUCUGAUCCUCCUGUUGCAAGUAGUUGUAUUUCUGAGAAGUCUCCACGUAGCCCACAACUUUCAGAUUUUGGACUUGAGCGGUACAUGGUAUCCCAAGUUCCACCAAACCCUCCACAGGCAGUGAACAACUAUAAGGAAGAGCUUGUAAUUGUAACUCCACCUAGCAAGCCAUCACUAGUAAAAGUACUAAAAACUCCAAAAUGUGCACUAAAAAUGGAUGAUUUUGAGUGUGUAACUCCUAAAUUAGAACACUUUGGUAUCUCUGAAUAUACUAUGUGUUUAAAUGAAGAUUACACAAUGGGACUUAAAAAUGUGAGGAAUAAUAAACGUGAGGAGGCCACAGAUACAGAAUCCAGGCCCAAUGAUAAUGUUUUUGCCACUCCCGGCUCCACUAUCCAGCAGCUGGAAAAAAGUGAUGCCGAGUAUACCAAUUCUCCUUUGGUACCUACAUUCUGUACUCCUGGUUUGAAAAUUCCAUCUACAAAGAACAGCAUAGCUUUGCUUUUAUCAAAAUACAACACAAACCUAGCUACUCCAGUAGCAAUUAAAGCAGUGCCACCCAGUAAAAGGUUCCUUAAACAUGGACAGAACAUCCGAGAUGUCAGCAACAAAGAAAACUGAAUUUCUAGUGAAUCUAUCCAUUACAAGAAACUGAACAGAAGGAAAUUAAAGCAGAGCUGGACCGAUUUUAUCAUUCACAUUCCCCUGCCUCUUUCCCCUUUUUAAACAUUGACCCAUUUUAAAGAGGAACAUGAACAUUAACAUCAUAAUACGCUUUUUAUGAAGUUUCGAUAAAGUUUAACCUUAGUCUUGUUGACAUGUAGUCCAGUCAUUCACUCUUUAAGGAUUAUUAGUGUUUCAUUGAUACUAAAUUACCCAGCUUAAUCAACAGAAUGGUUUAAGUAGUACCAGGAAGUAGGACAAGUAAUUUUAAAAAUAUAAAGGUGUUUGCUACUCAGAUGAGGCUGCCCCUGACCUGGCCAGGGAGACAUUGCUGCCAGCCAGCUCUGCCUUCCCAUCAUCUCCUUUCAGGACCGUCCCACACCUUUUACUUCCUCAGUGCUGUCUGAAGAUGCAGUUGCUGUUGUUUGCAAACAACAGGAACACCAGUUAAACUAAUUAGGAAAAAAGGGAGAUUUCCAGGCCUGGGUAACUAUAUACUGUGACCACUGGAGGUGGAGACAGGUCUCAACAGUUGGAACCAGGAACUCUGCUGUCAGGUUGUGAGUUUGUUUCUCUUUUCUCCCAGCUUUUCACUGUGUGGGGUCUUUUCUCUCACGUCAGUUCUUUCUAUCACAUGGCAGCUGACCUGUCACGCUCCACUCUCGAGCUUGGACACCCAGUAGACCCCGAACCUCACUCUCUAAAAGGUUCUGAGGGCUCGUCCUAGGCCAGGGGCCUUCCUGUGCGCUGUUAGCUAUGGCCACGGGAGCCUCUAGAGCUGCCUGGUAGCUUCAGUCUGACCUGCUUAUCAAGCCUACGAUCCUUCUGAUUUAAUUACAACUGGAAAGUAUUAUCUAAUUAAGUUCAUGAUAGUGCUUUUGGAGAACUUGUCAAAUUACAGCCAAUGAGAAAAUAAGGACCUAACGUACUGUGGAGAACCAUUAAAAAUUUGAGAAGAAACAAUUAAGUAUUAUGUCAAUGUGCUUCAAAGGCUUAGUUUUGGGAAUUUGAUGCAGUAAAGAUUACCCUGUUUUAUGAUGGUUCCUUGAAAGUCAAAUGGGGGACCUGUCCAUUGUGCUCUAUUAAUCUUGUCAGAAAACUGUCACCAAAACAAAACUUGAUUUUGCCCUUGUUCUAGAAGUUACUGGGUAGUUGUAAGUAUAAUUUUUGUUAAAUAUAAUGUAAAAUAAAAUUUUAAGAUAUUUAGUUUUGUUUUUCAAAAUAAAGCUCUAGUCAGCUUUAUGUAUGCCAUUGA